UUGGUACUGCCUUUUCUUUAUUCUCCCAAUUGUGUUUACAUUUCUUGUUUCUUUAGUUGUUUUAUUUUUUGAACACUGCAUAUAUGUAUAAUGAGACUUUUCUAGCCUAACCAAAAGGUCACAUGAACAUGCCUUAGUGUAAAGACUUAUAUGCAGCACCGAAGUCAUCAAUGUACAUGAAUCCUGUGAAAGUCCAUUAUUUCACACUUUGGAGUCUUUCUAACCUUGAUUUGGCUUAGCGUAAUGGACACUAGUCAAAUUGUUUGCUUUGAUGAUGGAUUUGAUUUUGUUUUCUAGUUUGGCUUAUCCUUUUGAAAACUAUGUUUAGAAUUAAAGGUUUGAACUUUGACUUUGACAACUUAAAUGAUAGAUGUGGUUGAGCUAGUCAUAACACCAACUUUAUGUGUUAUUUAUGUAAUGAGAUUAGUUUAUCCAAAACAAGUAAAAACGAACAGAGGAUUUUAAAUAUGGACUCAUGGUUGAGUUUACCUCAGACUUGAUUUAACUUGUUACCAUAGCAAGUUCAAUAGGCUUAACUCGACUCAACUUGAUUCGGCUCAAUACUCAAAUUUACUUAUAGGUUAAAGUUGUCUUAGUGUAACCUAUAGGUUACAGGUUGAGUAGUGGAAGCAAUCACUAAUGCUUGUAUUAGGGUAGAUUGUCUACAUCACACCCGAUGUGGUGCGGUUUUUCUUCGAACCCUGCUAAUAUGAAAUGCUUUGUGUAUCGAGUUACACUUGAUGUUGUUAUAGUGGAUCCUCCAACUAUUAUGGAAGAUUAUGUCUCAUACAUCCUUUUAACUUGAUCCUAUUAAAAAAAGGAGGAGGGUGCUUACACAUGUAACUGUCAUUUUGUAGAGUAAAAUCUGUUAUGGAACUCUUCCUAACUACCCCCAUCUAAGACUAAGUAACAAAAGAAUAGUAGAAAAAUAGGAAAACUCCAAAAGUAUUUAAAAACCCUAGACUGUCUCUAGCUAUUUAUAUGCACCCAAGAGACCUUCCUAACCUCUGCCUCUCCUCUGCAUAGUGUGUACUUUGGCUCCUCAGAAAGUGAAUGACAUGUUUCUUUAGACCGACCUUCUUGCUCUAACCUCCAUUUCCAUCCUAAAAUAGAUCCCAAAAAGUGUGCAAAAAGCAAAGCCAUUUGAGUAAAAGAUAAGGGGAAGAUCAUCACCAAAGGAAGGAGGAGUUAUGGAAGUAGCAAAGGUUGAUAAACUAAAACAAGAGCCUCAUCUAUCUGGUGCCUAUAUUAGAAGCUUAGUUAAGCAGUUAACUUCUUCAAGAACCAAAGAUCCUUUGAAUCCUAAAGACCAUGAUGAUUCACUAGAGAAUUCAACAAAGCUUGAUGAUAAUUUGUGUAGUGAUACACAAUUGUCAUCACCACAGCCAGCAGCAGCACCACCACAGAUUAAAAAGAAACAAGUGAGGAGGAGACUCCACACCAGUAGGCCUUAUCAAGAGAGGCUUUUAAAUAUGGCUGAGGCUCGGCGUGAGAUUGUCACCGCCCUUAAGUUUCAUAGAGCGUCUAUGAAACAACAGCAGCAGCAACAACAACAACAAUCUCACACCGAGCCACAGUCGUUGCAGACAUGGCCUCAAGAAUCUUUAGGAGAAGAACAAGGGAAGCAAAAAUCCCGGAGAAACCCCAGGAUUUAUGCUUCCAACAAUAUGGCUAAUAACUUACCAUGUUACAACAUGGAAAAUUUCUCCAAUUCAACCUUCCCUUGUCAUCCUCAAUAUCCUUAUACUUGUCCUGUUUCAUCCUUUGGUUCACUCCAAGACAACCUGAAUUUUCCACUUCCCAACCAAACAUUAGGAUUAAAUCUCAAUUUCCAUGAUUUCAACAAUUUAGAUGCAACCCCUUAUUGUAGCAUGAACAAUAAAAAUUCAAUCUUUUCAUCAUCAUCUCCUUCAUCUUCUUCAGAUGAAUUCCAUUGUGUGGGAGAAGGGGUUGGUCCUAUAAGUGAAAUGGUGAAUUCAAGGCUGCAUCCAUCAAUGGAUGACCAAGAAAUGGAAGAGAUUAGAUCAGUAGGGGAACAACAUGAGAUGGAGUGGAAUGACACACUCAAUUUGGCAACUUCAGCUUGGUGGUUCAAGUUCUUGAAAACCAUGGAAAUUGGACCUGAUGACAAAAACGUUGCUGAGGAUUAUGGAUGUUAUCCAUUUGAUGAAGUCAUGGAAUUCCCUCCAUGGUUUAAUCCAAAUGAAACCUUCUUGCAACAACAUGUUGAUGAUACCUAUUCGCAUCCUACCUUACCAUGGAAAUUUCCAUGGCCAAAACUGAUGCAUGGUAUUAGCAUAUCAUGUUUUGUUGGUAUUAAAUGUAUACGGAAGUAUGGGUCUUAGCUAGCUUUGACACGUCAAACGGUGGAACAAAUGAAACAGACAACCCAUUGGGCCCACCUUUUCUUUCUUUUUUUUUAAAAAAAAUUGUGUUUCUUUUUUUUUUUUUGUGUUAGGGGUUUGUUGAGAAAAUAUUGAAUUUGUAAUUAUCUCUAGCAGCUGUUCAUUUUUAUUUGAAAAUUAAUUAUCUUAAUAAUUAACAUGGAAGGUACAAAUCUAUUUAGUUUUAGGUUCUUCUCUUUUAAAAUUAUUGCGUUGUUAAUAAUGUAUUUUAUGAUUUUCUUAAAAAUAUUUAAUUAUUAAGAAAGGUGAUAUAGUUUGAUAUUUUAAUAAAUAUCGUAAGAAUUUAAGAGAUUCAAGAUUACUAAUGUCUUCAUACUUUCUUUGCGAACACCUAAGAAUUUAUUCGAGAUUUUGAUUUUUAAAAAUAUCAAAAAAUUUGCAAGAUCUCUUGAAAAAGGAUGUCUUUGUGAUCUCUAUAUGAAAAAUUAAAAUUUAUAAAAUAUUUAAGAUCUGAAAUCUAAAAAUGAAACCACACUUGAUUUAUAUAUAAUG